GCCACAGCGUUUGCGGGGUGACAGUCCGUUGUGCUUUUGACAAAGCUGACAGAGGCAGCGACUUGAUCAGCGCAGUGUGGGGGACAAGUCUGAAGUUCUAGGUCAGUUGAGGGAGGCCCCUGCGAGGGCAAUUAGAGGCGUCAGGACAGGGUUCGUGAGGGAAGAUGUCGUCUUCAGCAGCAGCCUCGAGCUACUGGCGGGUAGCCGGCAUGAGCUACCUCAAGUACUCCAACCUGUGCGCUGACAUGCUGCGCUCCUCACUGAAGGAGCCAAUGAAGACAAAGGCGAAGCUGCGGGAGGCCGUCUACUUCCGUGCAGCUGUUUGGAAGGAUGGCAAGCCCGAAAAGCAAGUGAUCACGGAUCUCACGGAUGCGGGACUGGAACAAGCAGUAAAAUCCUGACCUAUCAGCAGUCAUGAGAGAUAAUUGACAGCAUCUGAGUCAGGAUUGCGAAAGGAAGAUGGAAAUUGAUAUCCCUUGGAGCACGCUGCUUCAUUUGUGCUCAGGGUCAUGUCAAAGAGAGACAAGAAGGUUAUCUGGAAUGAUUAAUUGGUGCAGCGCAUAGCAAAACGGGAGGCCUCUUUGUUUUACAGAGUUUUAUGGUCACAAGAGAUCUCAGCUUGAUCGACUGUAAAAGUGGUUCAACAACCAGUAAUGCCUAUCUGUUGGCC